AUGUUUCUGGUUCGAUCGAUCUACAUGCGACAAAAAUUACAUGUAUUUGAAAUCGAAAAACUUUCUCUUUUAGAAUUAGCUGUUUCUGAUGAAGAUAAACGCUGUUAUGCGUGUAAAGGUGCAGAUGAAGAGUGUGUCACCUCAUGUCAUUGGACCCAACGCUGUUAUAUAAAAGCAAAACAUGCAAAUGCAACAAUUACCGAUCGACAAUGUACGACCGAGCGUUGGGCACGCGAAUUACUUGCUGAUGGAUGUAUAUUAUACAUGAAGACGUACUGGUGUAUGUGCUCGUCGGAUAUGUGCAAUGGGGGUGAUCUGGAUUCCAUUCGAGGAUAUGAAGAUUGUUCUAAAAAUCCAUGUCAAGAUGGAACUAUAUGUCUUGAUACAAAGGAAGGUUUUACUUGUAUCUGUGCACCAUGGCAAGAAGAUUGCACACGUUCGUAUCAAGUUGGUUGCAGUUGUAAAAAUGGAGGUCGAUGUGUGAUGAAUUAUGGGUCAUAUGGAUGUGAAUGUCCAUAUGGUUAUACAGGAGUUAAUUGUGAAACAUUGACUGGUCUGGUACCUGAAGAACUUCUGCCAUUAUUAUUAAAAGAAGCAGCUGUAGAAAAUGGAGAAGAAGAUUCGGAAUCUUCUCCGUGCGCUGGAGAACCAUGUGGACUUGAAGGUGUUUGUAUACCAAUGCCGGAAGAUAAAUAUGUAUGUCUAUGCCAAAAUCGUGUUAUUGCAGCAAAAAGCUGUGACGAAGCUCGAAUGGAUCCGUGUGCACCACAUAAUCCGUGUCGUAACGGUCGUUGUAUAUCGAAUGAACGCGGUGGUUUCCAAUGUAAAUGUCGAACUGGAUGGACAGGCCGUCGAUGUGACCAAGGCACUUACUGUGCUAAAUACAAUCCAUGCCUCAAUAACGGUACGUGUCAUGAUGAUGAAGAUUCAUAUCGAUGUCAAUGCUCCGAUAAAUUUAUGGGUCAUCGAUGUGAAAGAACGGAAAAAAGUUGCUCAUCGCCUCAGUGUUUCAAUGGUGGUGUUUGUGUGAAUACGGCUACAUCAUUUAAGUGUAUUUGUCCCAUUGAUUAUGAAGGACAACGAUGUGAUUUAAAAUGGAAUGAUUGUGCCAGUCAUGCAUGUCAACAUGGUGCAACGUGUGUAGAUGGUGUGGCGUCUUAUACAUGCCAAUGUGCAAAAGGGUUCACAGGCAAAUAUUGUGAAAUAAAUAUCGAUGAUUGUCACAUAGAUUCAUGUUUGAACAACGGAACAUGUGUUGAUCUUGUCCAUGAUUACCGUUGUCAAUGUUCACCAGGUUUCACUGGACGUAUGUGUCAAUACGAUUUACGUAAAUGUAAUGAAACUCUUUGUCGUAAUUUCGGUACAUGCUAUAUGGGUUACGAUGGUUUUGCUCAAUGUCUUUGUAAUCAAAUCUACACUGGCCUUUUCUGUGAAACACGUGUUCAUCCUUGCUUUCCAAAUCCUUGUACGAACGGCGGUACAUGUGUUGCUCGAGGAAACAAAGUGGCAUGUCUAUGUCGAAAUAGAUUCAUUGGUAAUCAAUGUGAAAAACGCGUAGAUGCUUAA